AUGGCAGCACUCAAAUUGUUUAGCUUCAUCUUCUUCAUCAUACUAUGUUUUCGUCUCGGUUCUAGUAUUAGAGUCCUCAGUGAGAUGGAAAAAGCAACUAAAAAUGGAGUCCAAAUGGGACUUGAAGAGACAGAGUCAUCGGGAGAUAUUCCUUCUAUAAGCAUUGGAGCGGGUGGUGGCUUCUUUGGCUUUGGUAAUGGUGCAGAAGGAGGAGGUAGUAUCUCAAUUCCAGGUUUUACCAUUCCAGGACUUGUUAUUGGAGGAGGAGCAGGAGGAGGAGUAAGUGGGGGUUGCAGUUGUAAUUCUUGCAAGAAUAAUGGAACCAAUGCUGGCGGCGGAAGUGGAGGAUGUAACAGCUGUGGCUAUGGCGGUCAAAUUAGACCAAGUGUCCAGGGUAGUAAUGGCGAUUUUAGUAACAACAAAGCUGAUGAUCAACCCAAAAAAGUUGCUGCAGGGCACAACUAA